UUGCAUCGGCGUAUUAGUGACCCUCAUGGAGCUGGACCAGGCCAUCUCGCUCUGGCGCGGCCGCGCUGCCGACGCUGCGCUGCUUGGUGCAUCGUCUUCUGUUGCCAAGGACGGCAGUCGCCUGAUUCUGCUGACCUCAUCAGAGGAUGUACGCGAGAUCAGCGCCCCGACUCGCAAGUGUAUCAACCACUGGACCUUCCGAGCUGGCAGUGCCCAUGCGCUGCGAGUGGCUGCGGCGCGUCAUCCGCACUCGCGUGUGCUCUUCGGUGUAUGUGGAGCCCCAGGAGUAAGCGCCAGUAAGAAGGCGCGACAGGCCAGACGCCAAGAAGCCAAUAAGACGACUGCUUUACCAGCCAAUGAAGGCCUUGCUGUCUGGCGCGACACGGAUCUGGACGUGGCCAAGUGGCGCCGCUCGCCGUUGCAGUCAAACUCUAAGGCAUUUGCGCUAUUGGUACACUCGAAGCUGAAGGAGGAGGUCGUUGUAGUGUUCCAAGACGGCUCCUUCACGACUUACGAUGAAGAUCUGAUUAGAGGCCUGCACAGUGACGACGCCAAGGAUGCCACUGCGGAGGAGGAAGACGAGGAUGACGACGAUGACCAAGAGGAAUCUGUAGUGUGGGCCUACCUGGAGACGGACAACCGUAGUCCAGUCAAGGGCGCGUUGUUCCUGUCAAUCUUGAUGCAGAAGACGAACAAGAAGGGCGACAAGCAGCUCGAGCUUCUGGUGUAUCAAAUCACAAUCCCGAACACUCCCAGACGUAUGGGAGGCGCCCUGGGAGCUGUGCUGCUCGUACGUCGUCGUGUCAACUUACCAGACAACGAAGAGCUGUCCUCCUGUGCUUUCCACGCUGAGACUUUCUCGUACUCAAUUAUCGGCCGCUCAGGCACCUGGCAGACGCUGCGCUUCUCUCGUGACGCAUUGACCAACGCUCUGACACUCGUGGCUUCACAGCAAAUGCCCAAUUUAUCGUCAGCGGAGACCGAUUCAUCCAUCCCAGUGCACAAGAAGCGUAAACUCCAACCAUCAGCUUCCGGUUACCUGGUAAGCGGCGUCGGCAACUACACGUAUCUCAUCAGCACACCUCUGGAUACCCCGCUUAAGUUCACAGGUUGGGACUCCAAGUUCGCUGUACCUGUGUCGAACACAGAAAUCAACUUGGCCUCAGACCAGGACGGAGAGAACGAGGUCGUUGUCGGACGUAGCACCAAGGACGGCGUCGGUAAACCGGUACAACUUGUCAGUGUAGGCGCCGGUGAUGCAGUACUCGCUGCCUACGAGCGCGCGGCCUUCCUUAUUCACGUGAGGAACAAGAACUCGACCCUGGUCAGUGUUCUGGGAGCCACAGCAUCGACCACUUUGAGCUCUACGACGCCUGCAAUGCCCGACAGUUCAGUGCAAUGGGAGACUGUGACGGGAACCAGCAGCGUGAAUAACGACACGCUGGACGCCGAGACGUGGAAGGCGAACAUGUGCAGUGGCGACGACCGUGAGCGUCAGUUGAUCGCCGAUCUGUCGGACCCUCAAGUCACUCCUACAGCUGCAGAAUUCACGAGUCGUCUGGAUGAGGCACUGAAAAAGCAGAAGAAGAGAAAAGCCGGCAAGGAAGGAGAAGAGCUGUCGUACCGGUUGUUGCAGACGGUGACUCGCCGGUGUUUGGACUCGACGGAUCUCGAGUUGUGGGGACCGCUUGAAGCCAUGCUGCGUACCGACAGAUUGUCGGCCCGAGCGAAGCCGACGCUGCUGCCUACUCUGAUGAAACACAACCAGUUCGCCCUGCUGGAGUGCGCUAUUGUGCACCUUGUGGACAUCGACGAGCGCUCGAUUGUGCGACUGUUGAAGUAUUUUAUCCGCAAGAGCAGCCACUCAGCAUUCACGGAUUUUGUGACGAAGCAAGCUAAGAAGCAGAACAAUAAAGCAGGGAAAGUUGACGGCAUUGCGGCCUUCGAGAGGUUUGCAGUCGCGCUUCUGGGUCUGCCAACGAAUGGCGUGUUCCUGCAUCGAGCUAUUCGUGAGCUGGAGCUUGAGGAGGUUCUGCUGGUGCUUGCUAUUAGCAAGAAGUUGCUGCUGGUUCACACGACUGGGGACGAUGAGGACGAAGAGCAAUCGACAAAGAAGAGUAAGAAGAAGAAUGAUAGUCUGGCGGUGAUGAAGGAGGAGCGACGCUUUACUCCGCUGCCCUCGGCUUCCAAGUGUUGUGCGUGGAUCUGUGGGCUGCUGGACGCGCACCUGUCGACUCUGGUGCAGCGCGCUUCUCAGCACCCCGAGGUCGCUCGCGCACUGCGUCAACUGGAUGAACUGGUGCAGCUGCAGCUCCGUGCGAGCGCGCAGUACGAAUCGGUACACGGCGUGCUGAGCAACUUCCUGUCCGGCGUGAGGCUGCCGCGCGCUCCGGGACUUGCCGACUACAGCAUCGAGGAGCUGCGUCUGUAGACCUCGACACAAUAGACACAUUCAUCUUGCACUUUGCUCGUUAAUCGUAUGCUCUUUAUGUGUGUAGUUUGCUCUUCUAGCGUCCACACAGUUGCCAAU